CCUCCCCAUGGAUCAGGACAUUGCCUUCAUCUGGACACACUGGAGACUUCUAUGCUGUUCUCCAUUCCCAGCCACGGUUAUACCUUUCUUCAUCAUUACCACUUCUACAGUCAUUCCCGAUGCAGUCCGACACCAGAUAUAGAUCGACGCUCCCCAUUUGCGGACCCGACCCCAAGUAUAUCAAGAAGUCCCAGGUUAAAUUCACCCGGCCAGCCCAGAUGAGUCUGUUCGCUCGAGUAACCAGCUAUCCGCCUCUGGGCCAGAUAACUUGUCUCAAGGCCGCCGAGUCGCUUCGCUUCACGGUAGUCUUGGAGUCCAGCACGACGUUCCCCAUUCAGCCAUGGGAAGUUCACGUAUGGCAUAACAUCAACGGUAGCAGCCCCGAAUGGACAGCACUGCCGCUUCAGCGCUGCGACUCCUUCGUAGCGCCGCUCAUCAACAGCAACGCAGAGGAGUACCACUACUUCCGCAACGUCUUCACUGCCGAGAUCGCCCCGCCCGCCAACGCGGGACACGCCCAAUUCACCGUGCGGUACCGGGUCAACCCCGACGCAGAAUGGCAGUGGGUCAACCAGCAGCAACACAUCAGCGACGGGGAGUUGCUCUUCCCCACGCGGACGCCAAGCUUCGACUCGGAGGAGCCGGCCUCGGCGACGGACUUCGCGAAGUACUUUGAGAGCCUCUCCUCGGAGGUCCAUGUCCAGCCGCGCAGGAGCGAAGCGCCGGGGUCGGAUCUCUGGCAUAUCGCUGGCGCGGUUGCUGCAGCUCACGGUGGAGAGUCGGGGCUCACGACGCUGGCUCUCGGCGUGCCGGCAUCCGUAGCGCGGUAUUUCGCCCUGGUGCGGAUCUGGAGCCCGUGGCUUGGGCCGAGGCAUGGGAAGGGCAAAUUUGCGUUGAGUGAGGAUGCAAUUCUCUGCUCAUUUCUGCGGACUGAUGGGGUUCAUGUGGUUCUUUUGGGCGUGUCGGGGCUGGACAAUGUACUGACGCUGUUUGGGUCUGGUGAAGACGGUGCUGUGGUGGUCAAGACCAAGAAUGAUAAUACCCAGGAAUCCAAGUUUCAGGUUCUGGCUUCGGCUGCUCAUGAUUUCGAGGUGGCUAUGAGUGCUGUGAUUUACGAGGCCCGGAAAUUGACAAGGCCUUUUGCUGAGCACGUUGAGUCGGCUCGUGUGCCAACCCCGGUUUCGCCUCCGGGGGAUGAUAUCGUGGUGGUCGAAAAGGAUGUCAAGGCGCAAUGGCUCGCUGAAUGGUACGACGGCUUGACAUACUGUACCUGGAAUGGGCUUGGACAGGAUCUCACAGAAGAGAAAAUCCUCCGUGGGCUGGAUUCGCUGAAAUCACAUGGCAUCAAAAUAGCUAACCUGAUCAUCGACGACAACUGGCAGACACUGGAUCAGGACGAGUCUCAGUUCAGGAGAGGAUGGAAACAAUUUGAGGGCAAUCCUGAUGCUUUUCCCAAGGGCUUCAAGCAGACAAUACAGAAAAUUCGGACCACUCAUCCGAACAUUGAUCAUAUUGCAGUUUGGCAUGCCAUGCUCGGAUACUGGGGAGGUAUCUCUCCGGAUGGCGAGCUCGCUAAGAAGUACAAGACGAAGAGAGUGCAGAUCAAAGACCCGGCAGUGGGAGGCGCGAUCGCACACGCCUUCGACCGUGGGUCGAUACUAGCCAUUGAUCCCGAUGAUAUCCAGAGGUUCUAUGACGAUUUCUAUAACUACCUCGCGUCUAUCGGCGUCGACUCGGUCAAAGCAGACGCGCAGUUCUUCCUCGAUCUCAUCAAAGACCCAGCCGACCGCAAGAGAUUUAUCAACUCGUACCUGGAUGCAUGGUCCAUCUCCACACUGAAGCACUUCAGCACAAGAGCAAUUUCAUGCAUGUCGAUGAUACCCCAAGCCAUCUUCCACUCACAACUGCCAACCAACAAGCCCACCAUCCCACUCCGCAACUCGGACGACUUCUUCCCCAACAUUGAAUCCUCCCACCCAUGGCACGUCUUCUGCAACGCCCACAACGCCCUCCUCACACGGUUCUUGAACGUCGUCCCCGACUGGGACAUGUUCCAAACCAGCCACCCUUACGCGGGCUUCCAUGCCGCGGCGCGCUGCGUGUCCGGCGGCCCGAUCUACAUCACCGACGAGCCAGGCAAGCACAACCUCGCCAUCAUCGAUCAGAUGACCGCCCCGACGAUCCACGGCGCCACCGUCAUCCUCCGCCCCGAUGUGAUCGGCCGUACUCUGGACAUCUACCACGACUACAAUGAAGGUCACGUCCUGCGUGUUGGCACCUACACCGGCUGGGCGCGCACCGGAAGUGGUAUCCUAGGUCUAUUCAACAUCUCCAGCGCAACCCGAACAUCGAUCGUCCACCUCCUCGACUUUCCAGGGAUCCACCCUGACUCAGAAGGCGAGUACAUCGUGCGCGCCCACACCAGCGGCAAGAUUGCCGAGAACCUACGCAUCACGGACACAAAAGCCUUAGUGUCCGUUGAAGUCAAACACAAAGGCUGGGAGAUCCUAAGCGCGUACCCCGUGCACUCCUUCCCAACCCACAAGCCCAAGUGUUCAGCCCCAGCUCCGACCCCAAGCACCAACGCCCCCGAGACUGCAGCUGAGCCUAGCACCACGACGACAAAAGCAGCAGUCCUAGGCCUCCUCGGCAAAAUGACCGGCGCCGCCGCGCUCGUCAACUCCGACAUCUACGUCGAGGACACCGGCCGGCUCCGUGCAGACAUCAACCUCAAGGCCCUGGGCACGCUGGGCCUGUACUUCUCCAACCUGCCGGACUGGAACAUCGAGGAUAAUUUCAUGGUCACCAUUCUGGGCAAGCCGGUGCCCCCGACGACGGUGUGGAAGGUCGGUGGUGAUGACGCCAGAGUCCUGGCGGUCGAUGUGUUGGCCGCGUGGAAGGGGAUGGGGUUGAAGCCAGGGUGGAGUAAUGAGGUGCUUGUGGAGGUUUUUGUGCGGUGAGUUUCUGGGUCGGUGAGAGUUAUGUGACUAGUCUGGGAUUCAUGGUUGCAUGUGCCACUUUCUACUCGAUAUUGUCCUCAGCGAUGCACGGUUGGGUCGGUUGUGUUUUCCUAAUUGUCUGAGCGUGGUUCCGUGGAGUCCUUGCGGAAGUAGGGGUUCGAGAGGUUGAAUCUAUAGUCGUAUCAAGGGUCUGGCUCUGACGCAUGCGUUGCAUGAUACGAAAGCCUGCCCUCCCUAUGACCGAGAUCCUUAAUCAGAGAAGUCAUAUUU